GCGGCGUUCAUAACAUAAAAAGAUCCGAGAGAACUUAUACUGAAUGCACAAAUUUUUGUUUAAUUUAUCUCUUUUCUUUAUAUUUUGUGAUCUUCGGUGCUGAAAUGAUAAAAUUAUACUCACUUAAGCAGCAGAAAAAGGAUGGCGAAUCGUCAAAAAGCAGUGGAACAAAACGGGCUUCCGCUGCUCAGCUGAGAAUCACGAAAGAUAUCAAUGAUUUGAGUUUGCCAAAGACCUGUAAGAUUCAGUUUCCAGAUCCGGAUGAUUUAUUAAAUUUCAAGUUGCUGAUAGCUCCUGAUGAGGGCUUUUACAAGAAUGGACGUUUUGAUUUCAAUUUCAAGGUUGGUCAAGGUUAUCCUCAUGACGCUCCAAAAGUGAAAUGUGAGACAAAGGUUUAUCACCCAAAUAUUGAUCUUGAGGGAAACAUUUGCUUGAAUAUUCUGAGAGAAGAUUGGAAACCUGUGUUAACCAUCAAUUCAAUCAUUUAUGGUCUUCAAUAUCUUUUUCUAGAACCAAACCCUGACGAUCCUCUUAACAAAGAUGCUGCCGAGGUUUUGCGAUCUAACAGACGACUAUUCGAACAGAACGUAGCAAAAGCAAUGAGGGGAGGUUAUGUUAAUGGUACAUACUUUGAAAGAUGUUUAGGGAGAUAAAACUGUAAACAAUAUACUGGGGAAGCAGAAAAUGUGUGUAGAAAUUGUUUUUCAUGUUAUGCGUAUUACAUUCUCGCAUACUAUACACCUUCUGUUAGCCUGCAAUCUUUAUAUAAAGGGAUUGUUGUAGAAAAGUAUAUAUACAUUGAUUUCAUCUUUUGACUUUCUCUAAUCGAGACGUAAUUUUGCUUGUUAAACGCAUACCGUGCCUCUGCAAUCUUUACAAAAUUGUGUAGACAGGUUUGGUGUAGAUAAAUAUAUGUACAUUAUUUUCA